GGCUCUCGGGCCGCGCCGUAGCGCUCCCGGGAGAGAGCGGCAUUGUGCGGCCUCCGGCCCGCUCCGCGCAGGCGCCGCCCCGCAUUCCCCGCCUGGCGGACCCGGACCCGCCGCCGCCGCCGCGUCCCCCCCUUUCCCCUCCCGCGGCCGCGCUCCUCCCUCGCCGCGGAGGAGGUGGCGGCCGCACCCCCCUUUUCCCCAUUCCCCAUCCCCCGGUUUUCCUUUCAGUGUGGUUCUCCUCUCGGUGGCAAGAGCUGCCUUUUGAAGCAGCACAUUCAUUCUCCCCUUCAAGCACCCAUAAGUCUCAUUUGCCAGCUCCAGAACCAUGGCAACAGAAGAAAAGAAGCCAGAUGCAGAAUCCACCAAAACACAAUCUACUCCUUCCUCCUCGACCAAUCAGAGCAAGCCUGCCCCAGUAAAGCCAAACUAUGCUCUCAAGUUCACAUUAGCAGGACACACAAAGGCAGUGUCAUCAGUCAAGUUUAGUCCUAAUGGAGAGUGGCUUGCCAGCUCCUCUGCUGACAAACUCAUUAAAAUUUGGGGAGCAUAUGAUGGCAAGUUUGAAAAAACAAUAUCUGGUCAUAAGCUGGGGAUCUCUGAUGUUGCUUGGUCAUCAGAUUCCAACCUCCUUGUCUCUGCCUCCGAUGACAAAACUCUCAAAAUAUGGGAUGUAAGCUCGGGUAAGUGCUUAAAGACAUUGAAAGGGCACAGUAACUACGUUUUCUGCUGCAAUUUCAACCCUCAGUCAAACCUCAUCGUUUCUGGCUCAUUUGAUGAGAGUGUGAGGAUAUGGGAUGUGAAAACAGGGAAGUGCCUCAAGACGUUGCCUGCUCACUCUGACCCAGUUUCAGCUGUGCAUUUUAAUCGUGAUGGAUCCCUGAUAGUGUCAAGUAGCUAUGAUGGACUCUGUCGAAUCUGGGAUACAGCAUCAGGCCAGUGCUUGAAAACACUGAUUGAUGAUGAUAACCCUCCUGUGUCUUUUGUGAAGUUCUCACCAAAUGGCAAAUACAUAUUAGCUGCAACUUUGGACAACACUCUUAAACUUUGGGACUACAGCAAAGGAAAGUGCCUGAAGACAUACACAGGACACAAAAAUGAGAAGUACUGCAUAUUUGCCAAUUUCUCUGUCACUGGUGGAAAGUGGAUUGUGUCUGGUUCAGAAGACAACCUGGUUUAUAUCUGGAACCUUCAGACAAAAGAGAUUGUACAGAAAUUACAAGGACACACAGAUGUUGUCAUCUCCACAGCUUGUCACCCAACAGAAAACAUCAUUGCAUCAGCAGCACUAGAAAACGACAAAACAAUUAAACUGUGGAAGAGUGACUGUUAAAUGUUCCAGGAUUGCUUUAGAGACUGUCAGGAAAAAAAAAACAAAAAACAAACAAAAAAAAGUUUUUAAAAAAAUUAUUAAAAAAGAAAAACACCCAUAAAUCCAGUUUGGCAGGAAACCUGAAGAAUAUUUGAUGAAGUGGUUUCUGUUAGUCUUGGCCCAAAGAAAACAUCUUAGCUCUGCUAGAGCUGGGCAAUGUGGUGGAAAAAAAAAAAAAAAAAAAAGAUGCAGUGUCUCCUUUUCUUGCCUAAUGUUUUGGCAGAUAAAUGGAUGAUUCUGAUGUCGAGUCAGAGCUCUUGGACACCCCAAAGAUACUGUAUUUUCUGAUGGCAUUGCUUCUGGGCACUGUUGCUGCUUCAGGAAGAGCUGCCAGUCUACUUUGUACCAGUAAGUUAAGUCACAAGCCUAGAGAUGUGUGGAAUUUUUUAAAAAAAUGUCUAAUUUUUUUGUUUUUUAAUUUUUUUAAGGUUUUUUUUUUUUUUUUUUUUUUUUCCAGAAUGUAGGUUUUAGUCUCUUGGGAAGUUUCUGUAUUGUUUUAAAUAGGAGUACUGCAUCUUUAAGGGUGCUUCAUUUUAAAACACUCAGCUCAAACUUUGUGACCAAAUAAAACCAUGCAGUUCCAGAUUUCCCUCUUCCUGCCCCUGACUUGACUCCUGUGGUGGAAUCUCUUACCUUCUGUAUAGUUGCUUACCUCUUGUUAAGUGUGUUUAAUAGAUGCUGUUCUAGAGCAAAGUUACAGUUCUUCUGUUAACCAUUAAAAUGAAUCCUGCUUGUAGUUGUUCUCAGCAUAUUUUAAUUUUCUUUUUUUUAUUUUGCCUCUUCUAUUUCUAAAGCCAACUCACAGAAAACUGUAAAGUUAUUUCAAUGUAAAAAGAAACAAACCCAGACUUUUUGUAUCUUGGCAAUCCAUGGUAUGAAGCUGUAUUGCAAAUGGCAUGACUCUGUAUCUAUCUCAGCAUUGGUAUUUCUUUCCCUUUUUGUCAUAUCCAUGUGGUAUUUACACAUCCAGAAAAAUACCAUGUGCCAUAAUAAAAAGGUGGGAUUUUAUGUGUA